CUCCUGGAGGGGCCACAGGACGCUGAUCUGCUGCCCACUGGGAGGAACGUGUUCGGGCCCGCGGCAGGGGGCGGGGUCGCGCCUCCGCCUCGGCUCUGGUUCCAGCCGAGCCUCACCGACGCCGAGAUGGAAAUCCCGAGGCUGCUCCCGGCUCGCGGGACACCACAGGGCGGCGGCGGCGGCGGCUGCUGCCCCGCGGGUGGCGGCGGGGUGCCCCGAGCCCCGGACUCUCUGGCUUGUCAGGCCCCCACGCGCCGCCUCCUCCUGCUCCGGGGGGCCCAAGAUGGCGGGCCGGGGCCGCGGAGCGCAGAGGCCCAGAGGGCCUCACGGGGCCUGGGCCCGAGCCCUAGCGCGAACCGCUUGGCGCCGAAGCCGGAUCCCCGGAGCCGCGGCGGCGGAGGAGGAGGCAGAGGCGGCGGCGGCGGCGACGACUUCUUCCUGUUGCUGCUCGACCCGGUGGGUGGCGACGUAGAAACGGCGGGCGCGGAGCAGGCCGGAGGGCCGGUGCGGAGGGAGGAGGCCGGGGCAGGCCCGGGACCAGAGCGGCGCGCGAGCGGCGCGGCGAACCCCGCGGGCCGGCCCGAGCCGGGGCCCCGGCGCCCGUCGGCCGCGCCGGCUCCGUCGCCGCUCCCCGCGGCGGGCCCGUGCCCGGGCCCCGGUCCCGGCCCCGGCCCCGCGGCGGCCUUCGCGGGCACCAUCACCAUCCACAACCAGGACUUGCUGCUGCGCUUCGAGAACGGCGUCCUCACCCUGACCACGCCCCCGCUGCCCGCCUGGGAGCCGGGGGUCGCGCCGGUCCCGCAGCCGCAACCCGGGGUCCCCGGCGGCCCCGGAGGCCCCGGCGGCCCGGACGGCCCGCAGGCCGGCUACCCGCCCGCCGCCGCGGCCGCCGCCGCCGCCGCGGCCGCCGGCUCCUCGCAGCUGGGCGACUGCCCCGAGCUGCCACCCGACCUCCUGCUGGCCGAGCCGGCGGAACCCGCGCCCGCGCCGGCGCCUCCGGAGGAGGAGGAGGCCGAGGCCCCGGCCGCGGCCCAGAGCCCCCGCGGGCCUCUCGGCCCGGGCCCGGGCGUGCUGCUCUACCUGUGCCCGGAGGCUCAGUGCGGCCAGACCUUCGCCAAGAAGCACCAGCUGAAGGUGCACCUGCUGACGCACAGCAGCAGCCAGGGCCAGCGGCCCUUCAAGUGCCCCCUGGGCGGCUGCGGCUGGACCUUCACCACCUCCUACAAGCUCAAGAGGCACCUGCAGUCGCACGACAAGCUGCGGCCAUUCGGCUGCCCGGUGGAGGGCUGCGGCAAGAGCUUCACCACCGUGUACAACCUCAAGGCGCACAUGAAGGGGCACGAGCAGGAGAACUCCUUCAAGUGCGAGGUGUGCGAGGAGAGCUUCCCCACGCAGGCCAAGCUCAGCAGCCACCAGCGCAGCCACUUCGAGCCCGAGCGGCCUUACCAGUGCGCCUUCUCCGGCUGCAAGAAGACCUUCAUUACCGUGAGUGCCCUGUUCUCUCACAACCGCGCCCAUUUCAGGGAACAGGAACUCUUCGCCUGCUCCUUCCCGGGCUGCAGCAAGCAGUACGACAAGGCUUGCCGCCUCAAGAUUCACCUGCGGAGCCACACGGGAGAGCGGCCUUUCCUUUGCGACUUUGAUGGCUGCGGCUGGAACUUCACCAGCAUGUCCAAACUCCUGCGACACAAGAGGAAGCACGACGACGACCGCAGGUUCACCUGUCCCGUGGAGGGCUGCGGCAAGUCCUUCACCAGGGCCGAACACCUCAAGGGCCACAGCAUCACCCACCUGGGCACGAAGCCCUUCGUGUGCCCCGUCGAAGGCUGCUGUGCCAGGUUCUCUGCCCGCAGCAGCCUCUACAUCCACUCCAAGAAGCACUUGCAGGACGUGGGCACCUGGAAGAACCGAUGCCCGGUCUCCACCUGCAACAAACUCUUCACGUCCAAGCACAGCAUGAAGACCCACAUGGCCAAGAGGCACAACCUCAGCCAGGACCUCUUGGCCCAGCUCGAAGCCGCCAACUCUCUCACGCCCAGCAGUGAACUGGCCAGCCAGGGGCAGAGCGAUCUCAGCAGCCCCGAGCUGGUGUCUCUCUUCUCGGAUGCGCCCGGCCACAGUUCUGCCGCGGUGCUGGACACGGCCCUGGUCAACUCUGGCAUCUUGACUAUUGACGUGGCCUCUGUGAACUCCACUCUCGCAGGAGGUCUCCCUGCCGAGAACAGUAACCAUUCCUUGGGGCCAGCGGCGGACCCCCGGGCCCUGAGGGCCCCCAGUGACCUUCCCCAGGGUCUGGAUACCUCUCUCUUCUUCGGAACCUCGGUGGCCGCUUAUCAGCAGAGCCCCUUAGACAUGGACGAUGUCCCCGGGGGAAGCGUGGGGGGGCUCUUUGGCUCCCUGGCCCUGAAAAACUCAAGCCUGGAGCCCCAAGCUUUGACACCCAGCAAUAAGUUAACCGUGGACACGGAAGCUCUGACUCCCUCCAGCACCCUUUGUGAAAACAGUGUCUCGGAACUGCUGACCCCUGCCAAAGCCGACUGGAACGUGCAUCCCGACUCUGACUUCUUUGGGCACGAGGAAGAGACCCAGUUUGGAUUCUCCAACCCAAUGGGAAGCCACGGUUCUCAGAAAGAAACAGAUCUCAUCACGGUGACUGGCACCCCGUUUUUGGUAUGAACCUACUCUGCCCUGCCUGCCCAGCCCUGCCCUGCCCUGUCGUGCCCUGCCGUGCGGCUCACUUUUAUCACACUCUGGUCUGAGGACGUUCUGGAAGGAGGGCUUCCGUGCAGUCGUUUCUUGCUGCUUUGCAGAGGAACGCGUCUGUGGACUACAAAUUUAGAGAUUUACAUUCUCAUCCUGGGCCUGGAACUCAUGAGUUCUGUGACCCUCAGCAAGUCUCCCAACCUAGCUGAGCCUUACUUCAUUAUUUAUAAAAGUAUCAUUUUGUGUAGAUUGUUUCUAUUUUCUUUUCUUUGUAUUCCCUUGAUGUAAUUUUUAGGGUAUUUUUUAGUGGUUACAUUUGAUUCUAAUGUAAUGAAAAGGGCUAUGAUCCCUUUGAACAUUAAAUGGUCAGUGCUAGGUGAACUGGUGUUUUUAAGUUUUAAUAUAAAUAAUACCUCAUUUUCACAACAUCCAUAAUAGCAGUAGAAUGUAAAAAUACAGAGUAUUAUUUGGUUCUUUGUCAGUUUUCUUGUGUUGCCUAGAAAUUGGAGGGUUUAUUUUCGUUUUUGAAAAAUGUCAGGGUUUUGCUGUAUUAUAAGCAUAGCUUAAAACAUCGCCUAGUUACCAUUGAAAAAGUGGCCUUAUAUUAGUGAUUUCGUCUUGCUGAGCCUUACUUUCCGAGCUUUAUAGUCGUCGUGAAAAUGAGCAUUGUUCUCAUGGAUUUGGAUCAAUUUUAUGCUUGGGAUUGUUACUGGGGGAAAAUAUGUUUUCACUUUUGUCAGUCUCCAGUUUUCUCCCCCCCCCCCAUUUCACUUCUUAAAGUGUUAGACAACAAAAGUUAACAGAAAGUUAACAAAUGUUUAUGUCAUAGUUUUGCAACCAGUAAACGUUUAUGAGCAUUAAGCAAACAUGGGAAUUUGUUCCUUCCACAGAUGGUGGAGGACUUUCUCUACAGUGUUCUUAGUUAACAUUGGUCACAGUUCCAUUUGUCAAGUACUAGUGUCUGCUCUGAAUCAAUGCCAGCUCUCAGCCUGGUUCUACUAGUCUAAUAAAAUUGGAGAACGGACCAGAAGGAGAUGUUCAUUUCUCUAUCCGGGGCCCUCAUUCCUAGCCCUCUCUGGAAUGGCAGGCUUGCUGUGCAUUCUGAAAUACUGUCAAUUAUAACACGACUGUAGCAUUCUAUGAUUUAUAUAGAAAUUUAUCUAAUAUAUUUGAUUGUUAUAAUCGUGAUGAGAAAGCGUGACUUUCAUCUGAUACUAAACCUUUCCUGGCCUAUGACAGAUGGAGUUCACUUAGUAACUAUUAUUUGUGUUUCAAAUAAGAGGACAUAUUUCUACCUCUCCCAUUCUGCUCUCUUGAGUUCCAUCGUCAUUUUGUUUAGGAGCAAUUCUUUUAUUCCUCCUAAGUAAAUACUUCUACCCUUAUGCUGUUCUGUUUCACUCCUUACUAUCAUCCUUGCUAUAUGCACCAGUGUGUGCCAUGCUCCUACCUUUUUCUCUAAUUUGACACUUAUUUUGGUCACCUUUUUCUUACAUGAUCUAAUUUUCGUCACAAUAAUUUCUGCAGCCAGUGUGUGCACUGAGAAGGUAUUUCUGAAUCCAGAUUGCAAGCAUGUCUAUAGGAGUCAGGUGAUAAUGGGGUUCUUUCUUUCUGGAAAGUCUAAUGACAAGGACCUCUCUAAAUUUGUUCACCGUGUUUUCUACUAGCAAAUAGCCAUUGUGAAAUACUCCAAUUCAAUACUUGGAGUUUUCAUGAGACUACUUGAGGAAAACAGUUUUCCAGUACCUUGGCAAUAUAUAAUUUGCCACUUUGAAAUGCAUUAUGUACUUUCUUUAUAAUUUUUAAAUUGGUUGAACCUAUUGAGUGAAAAGGUAAAAAGUAUACAUUAAUUUAUAAUUUAAAGAAGUAUUCAGAAUUUUAGUGUGCCCAAGCAUCAAUAAUAUUAUUCCCUUAGCACUUUGAAAAGACUGUAAAGACUAUUUUAGAAAUACAUUUUCAUGACUUAAAACAAACAUUUCUCAUUUUAUUUGGAAGGACUGCAAAGGCCUGAGGUAAACACACAUUUCAUAAGCAUUUAUUAAGAUAUAUAACCAUAAAGAUUUUUUAAAGUGUCAUUUAAAUUCUUUUACAUUUCUUCACUUAAAACUAUAAUAUUACCUAUGGUCUAUAGAAUUUCCAAAGGAUAAAUUUUAAUUUCUUGAUGAUAAGAAUCAUGUUAUUAUUAUGCUUUCUCAGCCUGAUGGUGGAAUGACUGGAAUUGCAGUCAGAAACGUGACUGCAAACAUAAUGGCUGUACUUCUGUUCUUAACAUAAAUUUGACAUUUUAAAAAUGACGAGUCAUGAGUUAAUCUCCUUUGCCUUUUGUGUUUUUCAUCCUUUCUUGAUUGAUUAAAGCUUGCCAAUUAAUUGUGUUAAUAACAAUGUCUUAUAGGAAGGUUGUUUUCAAAGGGUCCUGUUGAACCAAUUUGAUCAUAUAAAAUAUGUUAAGCUUGAUAUGUUGCCACGUAUUUCAUUAUAAUAUUAAAUAAUUCAAAGUCUUGAGUAGUAGAAAUAAAAUUUGAUAGAUUGUCAGGUCAUCUUUCAGAAAAUGCUUCAUAUUUUCAUCUAGAAAAGAAAAGGACUUAGUAUAACAGUAUAUUUAGAAUAUUAUCUCUCUGGAGCAAUUCAUAAUCCUUUAGUAUUAAACAUAUACACAUGAGUUUUUAAUAAUGCAAAAACAUAACAUAUGUACCUCACUCAAAAUAUGCCAUAAUUGAAAUGUAAAACUGGAUUAAAUUGUAUAUGUAUAUUGCUUUUGAAACGUACAGGAUUUUUUCCUUCCACUUUUGUUUUUGUUUUUCGAGACAGGGUUUCUCUGUAGCUUUGGAGCCUGUCCUGGAACUAGCUCUUGUAGACCAGGCUGGUCUCGAACUCCCAGAGAUCCACCUGUCUCUGCCUCCCAAAUGCUGGGAUUAAAAGUGUGUACCACCACCGCCCGGCUCCUGUCACAUUUUUUUUUUUAAAGGCAGAAAGGAUUCAUUUUUUCUCACAGUUCCAUAGUAUUAUCCACCAUACUGGAGAAGUUAAGGAGCAGGAACUCGAGGGAUCUGAACACAGCACAUAUGUCAUCAGGAACAGAGAACAAGGAAUGAGUGAGGGCUUACUCAUGAUUUCUCCACUUCCACAGUUCAAGAUCCUCUUCUCAGGGAUUGGUAUCCCCACCCAAAAUUAAGAUGGAACUUCUACAUCAGUUAACCUAAUCAACACAAUCCCCCAAAGGAUCCCAGAGCCCAUCCUCCUGGUAAUCCUAGAUUCUGUCAAGUUGGGUGCCAGUACUUACCAUUACAGAAUGGCAUUCCACAAAGGUUGGGGAUAAAAGAUGUUAUGUCCAUCUGCUUUCUGAUGUACAGAGUUCUCAUGGAUAGCUCAUACUUGUUACUAUUAUCCUCAUUUUACAACUGAAAAAUAUGAAAUGCUAAGAAGUUUAUGGGAUUUUCAUAACAUAAUUGUUACAAGUGGUUAGGUUUGUUGUAGUUGCAAAAUACUUCCAGAAUCCAAUCUGAUGAUGGUUCUAAGCACAAUACACUAUUGUGGUGUUAUGGUUGGUAGAGACCUAGAAAUGAUAGUUUCUCCAAAUCUGAUUUUAUGUACAGGAAUAGAGUGUUUAUUUGGUUGUAAAUUACCCCUGAAAUUGUUCUAAAACUAUUUGCAAUCAUGGAUAUAGAUGGCCUAUAACAAUAUUUCAAAAUUUUCCAGAUCUGUUCAGUGAUCCAGAAAGAUAUUUUAAGAAUACACAUCCUUGCCCUUAAAAGUAUAAAAUAUUCUUAUUUGUAUAGAAAACUAAGACUAAGGCUGAUAAUGAGUAUUUUAAUUGCUCAUGAGAUAGCUGGAAUUAUCUACUAUAAAUAUCUUAUAAACAAAAAUGUAAUUAUUUUCCUCAA